AUGUUCAGAGUUAACGACUUUGACCUCCUGGAGGUGUUGGCCUACACAUUUUUAUGGACUACACUGUACUUCAUUCUGUGCUUGUGGAACUCAGUUCGCAGUUACGAGUGGCACUGCCGGAUAGUUACGACAGUUCAUGCACUUGUCAUCAGUUUUCUGGCAUUCUACUGUACUUUUCGUGUUGGCCCUUGGCCCUUUACAGAUGCAGGAGGUCCCAACUCUUCCAUGCAGAUCAGAAUCAUCAGUCUGUGCUUGGGUUACUUUCUCUUUGAUGUCACCUGGUGCCUCUACUUCAAGACAGAAGGCCCUGCAAUGAUGGCUCAUCACUUUGUCAGCAUCGUUGGUCUGGCAUGGUGUUUAUUCUCUGGCUACUAUGGUACGGAGCUGGUGGCAACCAUAGGCGGCGCUGAGAUUACAAACCCACUCCUACAACUGCGCUGGUUCCUUCGAGAAACUGGCAAUUAUCACACACUCUUGGGCACUUUUGUUGACUGGGCAUUUAUGCUUUCUUUUGGAUUUUAUAGAAUCGGACUUGGGUCGAUGCUUCUGUAUUCUUAUUACCAACAGGAUACAGAUUUCUGGGGCCGGCUGGGUGGAACAAGCAUUUAUAUUAUAAGCUGGGUAUUUUUCAUCAAUAUUGUCCGCUAUGCAAUUCGAAAAUAUGCAUGGACAAGUCCAGUCUCGGAAAACAAUAACAACAAGCAUGUACUCUUGCAAGCAGAAGAUUCCCAAAGUGAAUCGGAUGAUUGUGGUGUCAAAGGUCAGGUAAAUACUAUUAAGGAUCAGGAUAUUCCAAGCCAGAGGGAGAUCAAGGAUGGAGGAGGGGAGUUGUCCUUGCGGAAUAGAUAUAUUGUACAAGAAUCUGUUGAGAUAUAG